UCGUUAGUGCUUAGUUUGUAGAAAAUGCAAGAACAAACCAGUAGCCAUGGCGGUACCUCUUCUUGCUACAGAGGGGUUCGCAAGAGGAAAUGGGGGAAAUGGGUGUCUGAGAUACGUGAGCCUGGAAAGAAAGCUCGGAUUUGGUUAGGGAGUUUUGAAACUGCUGAAAUGGCAGCUACUGCUUAUGAUGUUGCAGCUUUACAUUUCAGGGGACGUGAAGCUAAGCUUAAUUUCCCUGAGUUGGUUAAUGAUCUUCCUAAGCCUGGAAGUUCCAAUGCUGAAGAUAUUCGCAUGGCUGCACAUGAAGCUGCGCUACGUCUCAGGACACCUGUGAAGGAGCCUGAAGUCAGUGGUGGAGGUGGUAGCACUGGCAGUGGCAGUGGUGGUGGUAGCUCGAAAAACGAGGUGGGUCCGGUGACUGUGAGGUUGUCGCCGAGCCAGAUUCAGGCGAUCAACGAAUCACCUUUGGAUUCACCAAAGAUGUGGAUGCAAAUGGGAAUGGUAGAAGAGUCAAUGAUGUUUUCAAAUGAUGCAGUGGAAGAUAAUGAAUGGAAUUAUACCAUGCAAAAUGAUUCUCUUUGGGAUCCUUAGGUAACGUUUUGCUUCCUACUUACAAAAUAAUAUAAUAUAAACACUUAGAUUACUUUUU